AUGGGAUUCAUCCGGGCUCAACUGGUGCUUUCACGUAGCAGCGUCACAGCAGACCAGCCUCUGUUGGCAGCCCCUCCACGAAUGGCACACGAUGAUACCGGGCCAACACAGGCACCAGGGCGUCUGGGUAUGGCGGUACACACUCAAGCUCGGUUUACAUUUGACCAGAAGGACGGUGAUUUUCUCUUGUCGAAAGGAGCACAGGUACCGUUGGCAUAA